AUGCUGCUGGGCCGCUGCCGCCUCCUCUCCCGCGCCGGUGCCGCCCGCCCGACCCGCGCCCGCUAUGGCGAGGCGGCGGCGGCGGCGGUGGGCUCGCGGCCCGACGCGGGCUCCCCGCUCUACCAGGAAAACUAUGAACGAAUGAAAGCCUUGGUAACUAAACUCCAAGAAGAAGCAGAAAAAAUCAAAUUAGGAGGUGGAGAAAAAGCUCGUAAGCUUCACACAUCAAGAGGAAAGUUGUUACCAAGAGAGAGAAUUGACAGACUUAUUGAUCCAGGGUCUCCGUUCUUGGAGUUCUCCCAGUUUGCAGGCUACCAGUUGUAUGGUAAUGAAGAGGUUCCAGCGGGAGGUAUUAUCACAGGCAUUGGACGAAUAUCUGGGGUGGAAUGUUUGAUUGUUGCCAAUGAUGCAACUGUCAAAGGUGGUACCUACUAUCCCAUCACUGUUAAAAAACACUUACGUGCUCAAGAAAUUGCAAUGCAAAACCAUCUGCCUUGCAUAUAUUUGGUUGAUUCUGGAGGAGCAAAUUUACCUCGGCAAGCAGAAGUGUUUCCAGAUCGAGAUCAUUUUGGUCGUAUUUUCUAUAAUCAAGCAAUCAUGUCUUCUCAAGGAAUUCCGCAGGUAGCAGUAGUGAUGGGAUCCUGUACAGCAGGAGGCGCGUAUGUACCUGCAAUGGCUGAUGAAAGCAUUAUUGUUGGCAAACAGGGAACGAUAUUCUUGGGAGGGCCACCCCUGGUUAAAGCAGCAACAGGUGAAGAGGUAUCAGCAGAGGAUCUUGGUGGGGCAGAUCUUCAUUGCAGACAUUCUGGUGUAACAGAUCAUUAUGCUUUGGAUGACAGUCAUGCACUUCAUCUGGCAAGGAAAACUGUAAGAAGCUUAAAUCUCCGAAAGAAAGUAGAUGUGUCUAUAGAACCAUCAGAAGAACCUUUAUUUCCUGCUGAUGAAAUAUAUGGAAUAGUUGGUGACCAGCUAAAAAGAAACUUUGAUGUCAAAGAAGUUAUUGCUAGAAUUGUAGAUGGGAGUAAAUUUGAUGAAUUCAAAGCCUUGUACGGAGAUACUUUAAUCACAGGAUUUGCAAGAAUAUUUGGUUAUCCAGUAGGAAUUAUUGGAAACAAUGGAGUUCUCUUCUCAGAGUCAGCAAAAAAGGGUACACAUUUCAUCCAGUUGUGUUGCCAGAGAAAUAUUCCCAUUGUGUUUUUGCAGAACAUUACAGGUUUCAUGGUUGGUAGAGAAUAUGAAGCAGGAGGGAUAGCAAAAGAUGGUGCAAAGAUGGUAACUGCUGUUGCUUGUGCCAGUGUACCUAAAAUAACAGUCAUUAUUGGUGGCUCUUACGGUGCUGGAAACUAUGGGAUGUGUGGAAGAGCAUACAGUCCAAGAUUUCUUUAUAUGUGGCCAAAUGCUCGCAUAUCAGUGAUGGGAGGGGAACAGGCUGCAACUGUUCUAGCUACGAUAGCUAAGGACCAAAAAGCAAGAGAGGGAAAGCAGUUGUCUAAGGCAGAUGAAGAAGCCUUGAAGGAGCCGAUCAUUAGGAGGUUUGAAGAGGAAGGAAAUCCUUAUUAUUCCAGUGCACGGUUGUGGGAUGAUGGAAUUAUUGAUCCAGCUGAUACUAGAUUGGUUUUGGGCCUCAGUCUCAGCGCAGCACUAAAUGCACCUACGAAGAAGACAGAAUUUGGGGUUUUCAGGAUGUAAUCUGAAUGUAUGCUAGUAUACAGAAUUACCUCUGCAUAUUUUAACAUGGUCUGGAGAGUGAAGUUACUUACAACAUUGAAGUGUUUUAAACUGGUCUAAGAAAUAAGGCUUAUGCAAUGUUAUUCUUGAUGGAAGUUUUAAUUAUAUAUUUUCAUUGAGUGCUCAUCGUACAAGCUUUUGAUGUCUUGAUACUGAUCUGAGACCAGUCAGCCACAGUGCUUGUACGGCUCUGCAUUGCUCAGUUCAUGAAUAAACUGCAACUUUUGGCAUUAAGUUAAAAUGUUUGAUGAGAAAUCAUUCAUCCCUUACACUAAUAAAUCUGCAAAAUAUGCUGCAUA